AUGAAUACAGGGCCACGGGUGCGGAAAGUGCGGCCCAAGAAGGAGUCGGAAAAGCGGCCGCGAACAGCCUUCACUGCUGAGCAACUGGCGCGGCUCAAAAAGGAGUUCCAAGACAACAAGUACCUGACAGAGGCCAGACGUCAGGAACUCUCGCGCGAGCUGCGGCUCAAUGAGGCCCAGAUCAAAAUCUGGUUCCAGAAUAAACGUGCGAAGCUGAAGAAGGCAUCGGGCCAGCGAAACGCCUUGGCCAUGAAGCUGAUGGCCGAGGGCUUGUACAACCACGCCACCAUCCCCAUCAAGGAAGACGAGGAUGAGGAGAUGGUCGUCAUGGCCGCCGAACACCAGCGCCUCCAGCAGCAGCAGCAGCAGGCCCACGCCUCUCAGCCACACACCCCUACGUGA